AUGACUGAAAAACCAGCGGAGUCGAGACUUUGGGGCGGCCGUUUCACGGGAGCGACCGACCCGCUCAUGGACCUUUACAACGCGUCGCUGCCGUACGACCAGAAGAUGUAUGCGGCGGACCUCGAGGGCACCAGGGUGUACACGCAGGGACUGCACAAACUGGGUCUUUUGACCACGGAGGAACUGUCUGAGAUCCACCGGGGGCUCCAGCAGAUCCACAAGGAGUGGGCAGAUGGCAAGUUUGUGGAGAAGCCCGGCGAUGAGGACAUUCACACGGCCAACGAACGGCGGCUCGGCGAGAUCAUCGGCCGGAAUAUUGCUGGCAAGGUGCACACGGGCCGGUCCAGAAACGACCAGGUGGCCACCGACAUGCGGAUCUAUGUCAGACAAGAGCUCAAGAAGCUGGCUGUGCUGCUGAGGUCGCUGAUUGAGGUCAUGGUGGCACGUGCCGAGAAGGAGAUCGACGUGCUGAUGCCAGGCUACACCCAUCUGCAAAAAGCGCAGCCAAUCAGAUGGGCGCACUGGAUCAGCAUGUAUGCGACGUAUUUCACCGAGGACUACAAGCGGUUGCAGCAGCUGAUCGAGAGAGUGAACGUUUCGCCGCUCGGCUCGGGUGCUCUUGCUGGCCAUCCGUACGGCAUUGACAGAGAGUUUCUGGCCGCAGAACUCGGCUUUUCGGGCGUCAUUGGCAACUCGCUCGUGGCCGUCAGCGACAGAGACUUUGUCGUGGAAACGAUGUUCUGGUCGUCGCUGUUCAUGAACCACAUCUCGAGAUUUAGCGAGGAUCUGAUUAUUUAUUCCAGCGGAGAAUUUGGUUUCGUCAAGCUUGCGGACGCGUACUCGACCGGCUCGUCCUUGAUGCCGCAGAAGAAGAACCCGGACUCGCUGGAGCUGCUGCGUGGGAAAUCUGGACGUGUUUUCGGUUCGCUGGCCGGAUUUAUGAUGUCAAUCAAGUCGAUUCCAUCCACCUACAAUAAAGACAUGCAGGAGGACAAAGAGCCGCUGUUUGACAGUCUGACGACCGUGGAACACUCGAUUCUGAUUGCGACCGGCGUGGUGUCGACGCUCAGCAUCGACGCGGCCAAGAUGAAGGGCGCUCUGUCGAUGGACAUGCUGGCUACCGAUCUGGCCGACUAUCUCGUCAGAAAAGGUGUUCCGUUCAGAGAAACCCACCACAUCUCGGGCGAGUGUGUACGCAAGGCCGAGGAGGAGCAGCUUAGCGGCAUCGACAAGCUGACUUUGGCGCAGUUCCAGCAGAUCGAUCCAAGGUUCGAGGAAAACGUUUUCGAGACGUUCGACUUCGAGGCCAGCGUCGAGAGAAGAACGGCUACCGGCGGUACCGCCAGGAGUGCGGUGCUCAAGCAGCUGGCACAGCUCAAACAGACACUCCACAAAUAAAUACGGGUGUUUAUUAACUAAUAUUCCACGGUACACAUCAACUAUAGUGCUCCACCUUGUCCAGGUCAAUCAGCUCCUGCGGAAGGUUGUCGUACUUGGGCCGUGCUCCAAAACUGAAACUCUCCAUCCGUGACUUCUCCUCCUUCAGGAGCGGCGAGCACAGACAUUCGUCUGUCAUUGCGGGCUCUGCUUUGGGCGACGAAUGCACAGAGCUCACGGGCGAUCUCAGCGAGCUGGAAGAGCGGCAUAGGACACUGGCGAGGUCAUCCUGGAUGGCCGCACCGGUGCGGCUCAGCGAUCUACGGUGCUGUCUGGGCGAGGCGGGACUGGAAUAUUCUGAUGCGGACGACGGCCGAUGCAGUGACUGGUGUCUUUGGUGCGGUUUGAGCGAGAGCUCGCCAAAAGAGCUGGCUAGCAAAAUCGUGCGCGGCUGCUCGUACUUGUCGUACUUGAGCUUCUUGCGGCUGCCGGCAUGCUGGAGCGGCGACACGUCUGCCUGCCAAAGGUUUUUUCCGUCGCUCUCGUUGUCGGAUUCUUGGAUCGUCGGGGUCUGAGGAGUGUUUAAAUAAUUAGAGCUUCUGCGACACUUCUGCGGCGACUCCUCUGGCUUUGGGAAGGAGUAGCUGUUCAUGGCGCGUUGACAUUCUUCCAAGUCGUACGCCUCUGUGACGGAAGCUGAAUACAUGCUAGUUGGAUGCCUCUGGUGCCUCUGGCGAAAGCUGGCGUUUUAAAUACUGCACCAGGCAGCUAGAGGACAUGCAGUUGAUAGCGUGCAUUUUUUAAGCGACACACUGUCAAGUUACGCUUGCAUCCAGCACCCAAUCAAGGAUUGUUGCAGCUGAACUAAAAAGCAAAGUGUCAAUUAUGUAUCGUAGCCUACAGAUACGACCUGCAGCAGGGUUUUUCUGUUCUUGCUAAAAACAAGCGAAUAUGCACGAGAACUCGGUAGCGAGAUUCCUUGCAGCAGUGCCAACUACAAAAUGACAGGACGAGACGCACGCAGUGCCAAGUCGUUGUCUGCGACAGCUACACAGCCUUCCACAAUUAUCUCGCACAUGAGUUUCCGCUUGGCGUAACCCCGUACUCCAGUUGCCACCUAUUUGCGGCUUCUGUGACGGCAGAAAUGGUGUGCAGUAGCAAGUCUGGCGAUUCGACACAGAUGCUGCAGAACAGCACUGAUUUCAGAAAUGAGGGUAUGGUCUCGUCAUGAUUUUUGAGUACAUCCGAUUGGUGCACAGCAUCUCAUUGUCAUCAUACAAAUCUCCAGCACUUCCAACUGCACUUUCUUCACCAAAAGAACGCGUACUUGGUAGUCACAUAACUAGUGUCAAAAAAAUUUUCCAGCUUUUAUUUCGAGGUCGUGCGCCGCCCGCACAGAUUCGGUAGCAACCAUAAUCUAGAACGCGGGGCUGCUCCGGAACCAUGGGGACCAGCUCUACUGCUUCUUGGGCGGCCACAGCUGCCUAAGCAAAAAUCCAAUCACAUCGCGGUCGUCAAAGUACUGGAUAUGGGACCCCACCGCGCUGAUCAGGUCAAUGUCGAAGUAGCCUUGCGGCAGCGAGUAAUCCACCCGUCCAGUGCGAUUUAGCCCUUCCAACAGCUUCCUGACAUUGUCAGGGAUUUCCUUUUGCUCGCUAAGCUUCGGAUUCUUAUCCUGUUUCUCGCCAAGCUGGGCCGCAUCACCAAGUCCUGCAAAAUUGAUAGCCCGACGCAAGUACUCGUUAUUUAUCAGGUUAUUCGGCAGCUCGGCAAGAGACUGGAUCUGCGAGUUGAGGCUGUCAUCCUCAAAAGAAAUGGUUUCGGGCUUGAUGCCCGCAAGCAACGAAUGCACCAGAGGCUCGACUCUGUAGGCCACCGGGUCCGUUGGGUAAAAAAUAUUGUAGUAGUUGUUGACUUUAGGAGAGCUCACAUUGUUGCGGCCCGCACUAUCGCGGGCCCGGAUAUUGUGCCCCUGAAUAAGCUUGAACACGCCAUUCGGCGAGCCGAGUCCAAAGAAAUUCUCCACCGGGAAUUUGAGAUGUUUCUGAGGGUCGAUGUCCUCCACAGAGUCCGGUUGGGAGCACAAAAUAUCCAGACAGAUGGCAGAGCCUAACGAGUGGCCAAGCAGGGAUAUCUUGCCAUCGAACUGCGGAUGGCGCUCCAUAUACUUGUCGUAAAUGGCAUUGGCGUACUUGACGACGCUAGACAGAAUCUGCUGCUUGAAACGGGGCUCAUAAAAAAGUAAAAUGUCCAUAACCACGUCUGCUGCAAGAUGUCGUAGUGGUGUGAUGGCAUCGAUAUUGAUUUGGUUCAGCGUGGGCAACCGCAAAUGUCCGUCCUGCUCGUAUUCGUCAAAUACCUUAUCUAGCGAGAAGUCCACGUCAAACCGCCAGAUGAUCGGCAGCACUUGCACCUUGCAGUUGCUAAGCUUUCCGUCAUUUUUGUGUCGCGCAAUUUCGUCUUCUGAGUAGGCCAUUUUCACGUAUUUGGGGUUUUGGGUGAAGAGCUGCUUGAACUGUCUUCUCAUGUUGUUGCAAUCGUGGGCAAAGUUGAUAGACGAGAAACGGUAGCUCAGCGUCUGGCCAAUCCCGUGGAUGCACAGAAUCAAAUGGUCCACUUCUCGGUCGCCAGAGUUGGCUAUGAAAUUCGGGCUUGUGUAAUCUGCCUCCAUGUCUUUCUGGAAUCGCUCGUUGCUGGCCUGUCCCGUCCAGCUCUUCAUCCAGGACGUCAGCAGGUCCUUCUCUUCGUCCAUCUUUUCCUCACGGGCCUCCUCGGUUUUUUUCGGCUCCGCUUUCUCGUAUCCCCGGGUGACAGUGUCUGCGCCCAGAACCUGCUGUGCUGGCAGCUUAUAGAAAUUUUUGAUCUGAAGCUUGCCGACUUUCGAGCCCUUUGAGAUCAUGAACGCCGUCUUGUGAUCUUUGAACACCGCAAUCUUGUCCUCUUUCUCAAAAUCGGUCGCUUUUUCGAACGGCCACUUCUUCCCUUCCCGCUCGUACAAAUUCACCUCCGACGUGAUCUCAGCCGUCAAGGGCUCAUUCGAUGCCUGCGACUCGUUAUAUGGACCCAAUUCCCUGUACUUCUGCUCCAACUGGUCCGAAAUUGGCGCCGGAAGCGGCAUGUUGUCCAGAAACCAGAGUCCCCUGCGUAUCUCGUAAGCAGGGCCCUCCCAAUAGGCUGGCCGCAUAAUCAUUUGCUCCAGAUUGCAAUCAAACAAUUGGUCCUCAUUUACUGCCACCUCCCUAGGACUCCCUCCCUUUUGCCAGGAAAGAAAUGCUGCUUCCAGGUUAUCAGAAUCGGUCCUAGCAAACGGGAUGAAUUUCCUGGGACGUUCCGUCUGCUUGUAAUCGAACCCUCUGGGCUUGGAAACGGGGAUGUCGGUGGCAUAAAACCAGCGAAUGGCAGCCGACGGGGUCGAAUACCGUCGUAUGGCAAAAAGGAAUCUCAUUUGGCCGCGACAGAUCUAAAGUGAAACGAAAAAAUAUGUUGGGCC